CCUCCUCCUCCUCCUCCUCCCAUCAAACAUCAUACAAUCCCCUCCUAUCCCAAUCCAGCGCACCCUCGCUCUCUCCCUCUCCCUUUAUCUCUCCCUCCCUCUCUCUUUCUCCCCUUCAUCUCACCUCCAGCCAGCCAGAGCUCCCUCCUCCUCCUCCUCCUCCUCUUCCUCCUCUUGGAUCACACAGCCCGCCUGCUUUCGUUCACUUUCUCUUCUUCCUCUCUCUCACUCUCUCUUCAAAACCUCUCACUCUCUCCACUGUCUCCUGUCUUUUAUCUCUCUUUCUGUCUCUUUCUCCCCGUCUGUCCUCCUCUUCUCUUCAGCUGCCAGGAGCUCGCAGACUCUUCGCUCUUCCUUCAACCAGUGAGGACACAGAAGCACUCGGGACGAAGACUCUGUCGCUGGAGCCAAGAUGGCAAUGAGCAGCAUCCUCAACUCUGAUGACAUCAAGAAAGCUGUAGACGCAUUUGCAGCUGCUGACUCCUUUGACCAUAAGAAGUUUUUCGAGAUGGUGGGUCUGAAGGCCAAGCCCUUUGACGAUGUGAAGAAGGUCUUCACGGUGCUGGACGCCGACAACAGCGGCUACAUAGAGGAGGAGGAGCUCAAAUUCGUCCUGAAGGGUUUCGCCAAAAAUGGCCGGGACCUGACAGACAAAGAAACCAAAAUAUUUUUAAGAGCAGCCGACAAGGAUGGAGACGGCAAGAUCGGAGUUGAAGAAUUUGCUGCCAUGGUGAAAGAGUAACCUGCUGUGACGGUGCAGAGCUCCGACAUCACCUCUUAAUCUCCGCCGCAUCCUGAGAGCCGCUGAGUCCCCUCUCUCCCUCCCCAGCACCUACACCCCCCAGCACCCUGCACCCUGACUCCCAGCCCACUAGACUGCAGCUGAUCCCUGCUACACACGCUCCUGUGUGCGACCCCCUUAACCCACACACUUCCUCCAAACCCCCCCCCCCCACGAGCUUCAUUCAUCCUAUUUAUUUUAUCCUUUUUAUAAAAACUGUUCUUGUGUUUACAUAUAGAUAAAAGACUUGCCUGCAGGGACAAACCUCACAAUUUAGCAUAAAGCAGUAAAGAAAACCGAGAAAGACCCUCGUUCCCCUUCUGUAUUCUUGAUUUCACCCUUUUCCUUAUCUCUAUUUUUCCUUGACCUCCACCUUCCCUCUCUUUCCCCCUUACUUUCUAUUUAUCUCUGUGUCAAUGUCACUUGCACACAUCUAUCUAUUCAUACCCGCCCAUCCCUCCCUCCUCCGGCAAUGAGCUGUUGUAAAACAUACCAAAAGUAGAAAGAGGUCAAGCUGUGAAAGAAUAAAAUAAAAUGGAGAAAACAAAGCCUCAAGAA